AGGUGGCAGCAUUGCGAGUACAUGUGCGGAGUUUGCGUGUCGUAACGUGUGGAAAAACAAGUCUGAUAUAUAAUCGGAGAGCUCCUGUCAUAAAAUUACUGAUAGACCACCAGCAGCUGAUGCUGCUGGCAGAAUCGGCGAUAUAGAAAUAUAUUCCAGUAGUUUAUAGUCGAUUGAGUUUUUUCUCCAUCUCGUCCGAGGCACAUCCGUGGGACAUUGAAGUCGGGACGACCACUUCAGUGUACGUCGGAUUUCCUUGACACUAGGUGAGUGUGAGACCGAUCACGUCAAAGUUAUAUUACGGGACCUUAAUCCACAAUAAUAAUGGCACAGAAUAGUCCACAAUCUACGGAACAAUUUAAGCUUGUACCAAAAAUCAUAAAUGGCGGAAUUGCUGGAAUUAUUGGAGUUUCCGUGGUGUUCCCGCUUGAUUUGGUUAAAACGAGAUUACAAAAUCAAGUUAUCGGCCCACAGGGAGAACGGAUGUAUAAAUCAAUGUUUGAUUGUUUUAAAAAGACUUAUAAAGCAGAAGGAUAUUUUGGAAUGUAUAAAGGAUCUGCUGUAAAUAUAUUGUUGAUUACACCAGAGAAAGCCAUCAAACUUACUGCCAAUGAUACAUUUAGACAUUAUCUUUCCCCCGGACCCGGACAAAAAUUGCCAAUAGAACGUGAAAUGCUCGCCGGCGGCUUGGCAGGAGCAUGCCAAAUAAUCGUUACCACUCCGAUGGAACUGCUCAAAAUACAAAUGCAAGACGCUGGCAGAGUCGCCAUGGCAGCUAAAGAAGCGGGUAAAACAGUACCGAAGAUAUCUGCUUGGUCAUUGACGGUGAAUCUACUUAAGAAACGAGGUAUACUUGGGCUGUAUCAGGGAACCGGCGCCACGGCACUCAGAGAUGUUACGUUUUCCGUUAUUUACUUUCCUCUAUUCGCCAGGUUGAACGAUCUCGGUCCGAAACGAGAAGACGGUUCAUCUGUAUUCUGGUGUUCAUUCCUUGCCGGAUGCGCUGCUGGUUCAACGGCCGCAUUAAUGGUGAAUCCAUUUGACGUAAUCAAAACUAGAUUGCAAGUUAUCAAAAAAGCACCUGGUGAACCAACGUACAACGGAGUAUUAGAUUGUAUAACGAAGACAUUUAAAAACGAGGGACCGACAGCGUUCUUCAAAGGCGGUGCUUGCCGAAUGAUCGUCAUAGCGCCGUUGUUUGGAAUAGCGCAAACCGUCUAUUAUCUCGGUGUAGCCGAAUGGCUGCUGGGAUUGAAGUGAAAUCGUCAUAUCUUGCCGAUCCGUGCCAUUUAAAUGCUCUGGGAAAUUGACAAUAAUUGCUGUAGAUGUAGUAUUUUGGCUUGAAAAUGCCCGUAACGCUAUAAGAAAAUAUCAUUGUUAGAUGGAAUCUCGCGAUCUCGCUUAUAUGUAAGAGAAAGUAAGAGAAUGUGUAUCAAUUGCCGUAAUUCUCGCAGGUCGGAAAUUAUAACGGAUUCAUAGUUGAAUGAAAUAUAUAUAAUCACAUCUUUGUUCCCGUAAAGUGCAUUAAAAUCAAAUACAACGGAAUCAAUGCGUAAAUUUAUACUUUGCGUUUGACAAAUUUGUUGAAAGAUCGAGCCAAUUUAAGCAAACAGUUGUAAUUUGGAAUUAUAUAAAUUUCCAAUAGUGCUAUGUACUAUUCAGUACUUGAAUUAUUGCAUUUUUCAAUGUAAUAAUGAUUUUAUCUUCCUCGAGUUUUAUAGAAUAUAUAUUACACGAAAUCCUCUUCACACAUUACUAUUUAUCAACAAAUCUACGAUAUAUGUACACUGGGAUGUUGUUAUAUCUACAAGACUAGCCAGUUAAAUAGUCAAUUAUAUAUGUAUAAAAACUCUUUAAGCAGAUUUAUCGUGAUAUUUUUUAAACAGUUUAAUUUAGAAUGAAAUAAUAGAAUAUUUUGUU